CGGAAGGCACACUAUCAUCAUGACCGCAUCUAGAGAUCCCAUUGUCCAGGAAUUGCAGUCAUUUUCCACAUGCGAUGUUUCGGAUGCUCUGCUGAAGCUCAAAUACCCCCAUGGAGGGUUUCUAUCUGAUCUCACUCUUUGGUCUCCGGAAAGACAGAUGGGAGAGACCAAGAUUAUUGGCCCUGCAUACACUGUCAAAUACGUCUCUGUGAACGAUAAAGAGUCGCCAAAACAUACUGGUCAUUAUAUUGAUACUAUUCCGUCCGGAUCAGUGGUUUUUGUUUCAUCACCAAAGACUGUCAACGCUGUUUAUGGUGGACUGAUGAGCAAUCGAGCUCAGGUCUCUGGAGCAGUUGGCACCAUUGUUGAUGGACGGGUCAGGGAUUUACAAGAGCAUAGAGACUUGAAAUAUCCGGUUUUCGCCCGGGAUAUCGGGACAGCAAGUCCUUAUGAAGUUGUACGCGUCAGUUCAAUCAACACUACGGUGAAGCUCCAGUCCACUGAACAAGAUGCUUCCAUCAAACCUGGAGAUUAUUUGAUUGGAGAUCUGAAUGGUGUGGUAUGUUUGCCGAGAGAGUUUGCCGAGAAAGCUAUUGCUCUGAUGGCCCCACAGGUCGAAGCUGAUCUGAAAAUCGCCGAGGACAUACGAAAAGGGAUGACUUUCGUAGAAGCUAGCAAGAAACAUAGGAGUGGGAUUCCGAAGCCGUGAUGUGUACUAGAGACGUAAAACUUGAUCAACUUCAGAGGGACUUGGGCCGUUCUAAUUGAGUUGUCUCUUCUUGCUGGUAAAUGUUUUAUCAUUUCGAACAAUUGCUGGCAAAUACUCAUCUCUACGACCGAGUGCUAUCGUAGUGAUUACCUCAAUGACCCUUCAGUGGGCAUUACUUUUCACAACAACAAGCUUACUUCUGGCAUCUCCACCUAACACUUCACUUGUUGUCUCCACAUAAUCUUCCUCACUCCCAUAUUUCUUCUCAAUCUCAACAGGUGUAUGUUCUUUUACUGCAAGC